CCCGACUGAACCCUCACGCGACCCCAGACGAGACUGACCCAGUCUAGUCUGUCCCACACCACUAAGCACCAAAGCACCACCACUGCACCACCACCACACUCCAGUUGUAUUACCCAAUCUCAUCCUCUCCCCCUCCCGUCUGCUGCACCACCACCACCAUCACUACAGCAAGCAGCAACACGCACGCACUGCACCGCACCCACGCACGCACGCAUCACAUCACACACACACCAACGACCACACACACCCUCUGCCAGCCCUGCCCCGCGCCGCACGCACGCAGAGUGGAGCAGCCGGUCCCUACCACCGCGCACGUCCAGCGGCCACCACCAUCAUCACAACCCGCUCCCAUCCACAAGACAUGAGCGUAGUCAUGCCGCUGCCCCCCGCCCCGGCGCCGCGGUACGCCUUCUCGCGCUCGUCGACACCCGGCGCUGGUGCGCGCGGGUCGUCGCCCACGCCCCCCUCAUCGGCGCGCUUACACUCGCGCCCGGCAACCCCGCCCCCAGGUAGCAGUGCACUGCUGCCAGGCUCAGGCUCGGGGCUUAAUGGCCUGCCUGCGCACCUCCUCGCCACGAGCAACGGCCUGCAGGCACUGCACACCAUCUCGGCCCCACCAACCCCCAUCAACACGACGCACCUCGUGCCGCUCCCGCCCGCGACCCCGCCGCUCUCUCCGCUCGCCGCGCCGGGCAUGGAGCGAUGCCGCUCGUCAGAGGCAGUCCUCUCCCACGGCCACCACCACACCCGAAACAACCACACGCACGCCGCGGCUAGGGAUACUGCUUCGGGCAGUAUGAGCGUUGAUACCACCCCGCGAAAGGCGCACCAUUUGCUCUUCCCGACAGGCGCCCUACCGCCCAUCGAUCUCUCGUCAGCGCAGGUCGAGGACGAGAAGCAAGAGGAGCAUGACGACGCAGAGGUCGUCGACGAGGACGAGAACCAAGUGGACAUUGCAGCUGCAGCCGAGGCAGCUGUCGCGGCGCGCGACGCGUCCGAGAUUGCACCCGACGAGCGCAUGGAUAUCGACGAGGUCGAGGUCCCCAUCCCCGAGCUCGGGCGACCCACGAGCGACGAGUCGGCAGUAUGGGGCAUGCCCAAGUGGGGUUUGGAAGACGAACGGCCACAGGUGCGCCCUGGCGUGCGCCUCGUUGGAAUGGAGGAGCUUCCUGCCCUCGUCGAGCGCCACUCUCUGCUCGACACGCCAAGCCAAGUCCUCUUCCCCUGGCUCCAUGGCAUCGCCGAUGACGGUGCAAAGGGCAGGGAGAUGGGGGCUUUCUUCGGCUACGGCCCUCCCUUUGAGCCGCCCCCUUACCGUGGCCUAUCAGUCGUGCUCGCACCGCCACAUCCACUGGACCGUACCGUCCACUCACCGACGGGGACGGUGCAUGAGCAGCCGCGGCCGGCACCGCAGCGUAUCCCCGCUGAUGGCAUCCUCUCGUCAAGCUCGAGCGGCUCGUACAAGUCCAACGGUGGCGCCACUACCGACUCGAGCUCGCCGACCACCACCGCCGAAUCCCUCGCUCCACACACGCCCACGUCGACUCUUGUCAAGCUCUCCGAGGGCCUGGUUGUCGUCGCCGAGGUCGACUCCGACGGAGACAAUGAAGUCACCGAGGCCGACGUCGCCAUGCACCCUUGCGAGUCGAAACGCGUCUCGCCCCUCGUCGGCAGCAUGACCCUGCCCCUGUCCCCCGGUGCGGCGGCUACUGCCCGCCUCGAGUCGCCUCCCGAGGCCAUCCUCGACGAUGGCAGCGAGUCGGACUCGGACUCGUUCAUGUCCGAGGAGGAGACGCGCCCCACAUCCAUUCUCCUCAAUGCCGUUCAUGCCCAGGACAUUUUCGAGCUCCCCAUGUUCCCCAGCCAGCCGGGCCGUCGCCCGAGCUAUGCUCGCACACCAAGCGACCAAACUGGACACAGCCGCCCCGCAGGCCACUUCCGUUUGCCACGUCUGCCGAACCAGAUUAACCUUCGUAACCUUCACAUUCAGCAGAUCAAGUACGCUUCCGUCUCUGACAUUAUCAUCUACACCCGCAACGGUGUCGGUCCCGGUGUCUUGGAGAUUGCCGAGGCCGUUGCCAAUGCCCAGGACGAGCUCUACCAGCAGCGCCUCCACGAGUUCUACGAGCACUUUUCGGGCCGUGGCGAAGGCGAGGGACUCGACCGUCCCGUCAAGUACGGCGUGUGGGUCCUCGUCGAACCAUUCGCCAAGCUCGAGCGCUUCUGCCCCCAGUUUGUCAACAUCGACUCGGAAGGCAACCAGACGCAAAACUCUCGUCAGGUCGACCUCUUUGAGCGCGAAGCAUACGAGAGCCGUGCCAUGACUCGUGCCACCCAAGUCCUCGACGGUUUCUGGGUAGGCAACGAUACCGAUGUACCAGGCGGUGCCGACGACGGUGCUGGGACUCAAGUUCCCUUCGAAUUGUGUGUGAAGGCAUCAGAAUGCUCCGACAUGCCGUCGACAGCAACCCUGGCCAUGACGUACCGCCAACUCGUCGCACUCGAUCGCUCCCGCCAGUCGUCCGAGUCGGAAUCUUCCUGGUCGUCUUCGCCUGCCACGUUGGCGCUUCGCAACCUCUUGUCGCCUUCUGGCUCGUCGCAGCCGACCCCUGCCCUCCCUGAGCCGCGCACCAGCAUCCUCGGCACAUCGCCCGACGAGAGCCACAUCUAUGCCCAGCAGCACGCUGCGGAGAACCACUAUGUGGCACUCGAGUGUGCUGGCUCGUGCCGCACCAUCACUGGCCAGAUGCGCAACCUGGCCACCAUGACCGAGAAGGUCCUCGAGCUCAUCAGCUUCCUCCGCAAGGUUGUCGAGGGCCGCGACAAGACUGGCGUCAAGCGUCUAGUCCUCGUUCACUGCCAGGACGGCUACACCGAGUCGAGCAUCGUCGUGCUCAGCUACAUCAUGUCAGCGCUCGGUGUUUCACUUGCCGAGGCGUACCUCCAUCUCCAGCUCCACGCCAAGCGGUCAUUCUUCCUUUACCCCACGGACAAGCCCCUGCUUCGCAGGAUAGAGGCUCGUCUGGCGCAAGAGCGCCGCGACCGCAACCUCAGAUCACGGUCCUCGUCCAACGCCUCGACCACGUCGUCGACGGCACUCCCCAGCCCGACGUCUGCAUCGCGUUGGAAGCCUUGGGGCUUUAUGCGUGGCGGUGGCGGACAGGUCGAGGAGAAGCGCCAAGAGGAAGCCCCUGCUCCAGUUCCCAGAGGCGCUUCGCAGCCCGUCGAAGCUGCCCGCCGGCUUGCGGCAGAGGACCAGCCGCAGGGAUCCAACCAGGCGGCACAGGAAGCCAAGGUCUGGUUUGACGACAAGCGCUUUGAUGGCUUCCCGUCUAGGAUCCUUCCAUUCCUCUACCUCGGCAAUUUGGAGCACGCCAGCAACGCCUUCAUGCUGAGCGCGCUGGGCAUCACCCACGUUGUGUCAGUCGGCGAGAGCCUGCUCGACGUCCCGUCUGAACACGAUCCGAUGCACGGCUACAUUGGCGCCAACACCUUGGCCUCAGAAGCCCGCGCAGGGCGCAUCCAAGUUCUGGACCUGGCCGAUGUCAGAGAUGACGGCAACGACCCGCUGCGCCCAGUGAUCGCUCGCGCUUGCGAGUGGAUGGAGCAGGCGCGCGCUGCAGGCGGUAGCGUCCUUGUGCAUUGUCGUGUCGGUGUCUCGCGUAGCGCGAGUAUUGUGAUGGCCUACCUGAUGAAGUACCGACGCAUGGGCCUCAUGGACGCUUAUCUAGUCACUCGCGCGCGUCGUUUGAAUGUUCUCAUCCAACCCAACCUGCGCUUCUUCCACGAGUUGUUUGGUUGGGAGGCCGAGCUCGCUCGUACCGAAGCCGAGGAGCGCGAGGAGCGAAGGAAAGAGGCGGAGAGCAAGGGUGUGCGCAGCCCCGAAGCACUGGCUCUCCUGGACAAUGAACUUCCACCCCGGCCCAUCCUGUACUCUUGGCCCACCUUCUGCCGGGACGUGCACUGCCUGAACCGCCGCUUCCUCUGCAACUAGACGUGAACGCGCGGCGACAAAAGAAGCAAUCAUGUUGACACGCAACAACGUUGUGAACCUGUACGCAUUGAACACACCUACCUACCUACCCACCUCACCCGCCCACGAUCACCACCGCCACCACCACCACCA